GCCACUGGAAACCUACGGAGAAACAUGCAGGAACUCUGUCACUUUAUUAUAAGGACAUCAAACAUUUAGGAAACUGAGGGCCGAUCUACUGACGAGGACUUUCUGUGUUCACCAGUAUUUAUGGGCUGUUGACACCGGGGGGAAAGUUCGAGGCGUCUGUCUCCAAGAUUUUCUGGCUUCUUCUCAACCUGCAAUUCAAUCAUCAUCAUCAUCAUCACCAUCUUCCUCAUUCAUCCUCCACGACCAAUGGAGCGUCUCUCCUCGAACAGCACCGCGGCUGUGAGGCCGUCCAACUGCAGCGCCUGGGACGAGCGGCGGGGGGCGCCGUACCUGGCUCACCUGGACGUGCAGCUGUACCAGGACUUCUACGCCACGUGGGUCGCUCUCAUGGUGUGUAACUGCCUGAUGCUGGUGGUGGGCGUGGUGCUGAACGGCGGCGCGCUCUACGUGUUCUGCGGCGCCUCCGCCCGCCCCUCGGCCUCCGUGGUCUACACCAUGAACCUGGCCGUGGCCGACCUGCUGGUGGCGCUGUCCUUGUCGGCGCGCAUCGCCCUGUACCACAGCGGGGGCGGCUGCGUGGCCUGCAGCUACGUCCACACCUUCAGCUACUUCGUCAACAUGUACGGCAGCAUCCUGUUCCUCACCAGCAUUUGCGUUGACCGGUACCUGGCGGUGGUCCACGCCUCCAGUACUCUCCAUCGAUGGAGGACCACAGGAGCAGCCAGGUGUGUCAGUGCUGCAGUGUGGUUCAUUGCCGUUGUGGUUACCUAUUCCUUCCAGACCACCGCUCUGGAGUUCAGCGCCUCCUGUGUGCUCCUCCCUGCCUUAUUCUACCUCACCAUCCUGGAGUUCCUCCUCCCGCUGCUGGCUGUGGUGGGCUUCACCCUGCGCGUGGCCUGCUUCCUCUCCUCCAGCCAGGGCCUGAUGCCCCAGCAGAGCCGGGCGCGGCGGGCUCGCGCCAUCAGGCUGCUGGUCACCGUCCUGGUGGUCUUCACCGUGUGCUUCACUCCCUUCCACAUCCGCCAGGUGCUGGUUUACUUCCAGGUGGAGGUGGGAGACGAGGGACCCGGGGGGGAGACGUGGCACGUGGUGGUUUACCACGUCACCGUGACCCUGAGCAGCUUGAACAGCUGCUUGGACCCGGUGGUCUACUGCUUCGUGACGGACAGCUUCAAGAGAGUGUGGAGGACCAGGCGGGCGGGGAGGGAGGGGGGGGAGGGCGAGGCGGAGGCCGGCAACACGAGCGGGGGGGAAGGACAAAGGAAUUCGGUGAAUAAGUGCUCGGGUACGGCUCUGGCAAUAGUUCAGAGCGUGGCCACGCUCGCCCUGACCAGCAGGCAGCUCUCUGCAGGCAGCACAGGCCAGUCAGCUUAGACGGAGGACGUCUGAGGCUAUGGAGGGUGUAGAACAGUCAGAAGCAUGUGAAAUAUUUUAUUAUAUUAGGAGAGGAUUGUAGUAAUAAACUCAAACUCCAGCAUCGUCUCGCCCUUUACAGCAGCGCAUAGCAUAGCAUAAGCAGCUAAAUAUCUUCACUGAUUCAUCUAUUUCUUUGUUAAUUGCAAAGAUCUUUGAAUCUGUGUGAAUAAAUAUAUUGUAUGU